GAGGCGGCCGCAGCGCCAGGCCCGGCAGGAAGGCGGCGGAGGGGCCCGGACACCCGCCCCGGCGGCGCGGCGCGGCGCGGCGAUGAGCUCGGCCAGGGAGUCCCAGGCCCACCACGGCCUCAAGCGAGCGGCCUCCCCCGAUGGCUCGAGCAGCUGGGAGGCGGCGGACCUGGGCAACGAGGAGCGGAAGCAGAAGUUCCUGCGGCUCAUGGGAGCGGGCAAGAAAGAACAUACUGGCCGCCUUGUUAUCGGAGACCACAGAUCAACCUCUCACUUCAGGACAGGGGAAGAAGACAAGAAAAUGAAUGAAGAACUAGAGUCUCAGUACCAACAAAGCAUGGACAGCACGAUGUCUGGACGAAACCGGCGCCACUGUGGACUUGGUUUCAGUGAGUUUCAGGAAGGUGAAGAACAAGACGAGGCAGCUGGAGACUCCUCUGAACACGAGAGUUCAGAGGACUCUGAAAGUGGCUCUGACUCGGAGCAAGAGGAAUCUGCAGAAGAGCUACAAACUGCUGAAAAACAUGAGGAAGCUGAGGGUCCAGAAAACAAAAAAGAAGCGAAAAGCAAUUAUAAAAUGAUGUUUGUUAAAGCCAGUGGUUCAUAACUGCAGAUGUAACAGCUUUGUAUUUGAAGUACAGUAAGCCUAAUUGUUACAGUGCAAAGUGGAGGACUGCUACAGCACAGAUCUUUGUAUUAUGAUUUUAAAAAGAACCUGUUAGAUGACAAAAAGUAGUAUUUGCUUUCAGUUGCCAUGGAUAACAUUUUUAUGGGCACGGUGAUAUUCCUGUUUUUUUGUAAAGUGUAUAAAGUACUGGAUGAAGAAAUAAAUUCUUUCUGUUCCUGCCCUAUCUCUACAA